AAUCAUCACUUUGUUCCCACCAAACAUGGCUUCCGAUAGUACCAGAACCGUACCCAACGCCGCAACACGUCUGUUCAAGGAAAAGUGCCCCACCAGGAGGGCUUAUGUUACCUUGUUGGCUGGAAACGGGGACGAUUUGAAGGGUGUGGAGGGGUUGGCCAGAGGGCUGAGGAAGGUGAAGAGCAAGUACUCACUUGUAGUAGCCAUCCUACCGGACGUUCCUGAGGAACACCGGAAGAUACUGAAGGGCUUAGGGUGCAUCGUCAAGGUGAUUCGACCGGUACUGUAUCAGCCCAAGGAACAUGCCCAUUUAGCAGCGACGUAUCCCUUUCUCUCCAAUUACUCGAAGCUCCUUAUUUGGCAAUUUGAGGAGUACAGCAAGAUGAUGUACUUGGAGGGAGACACGCAAGUGUAUGGGAACAUCGACUUUCUUUUUGACUCUCUAGAUGGCUACAUCCAUGCCCCGUUGGACUGUUUCUGUACCGGAGCACACGAGCAGUGGCCGGAAAGUUUCAAGUGGCCAAAAGAGCUCGGUCCCAAACCUUUAUCCUACUAUAGUGCUAGCAUGUUUGUCUUUGAGCCUAGUACCUCCACCUCAGUUAAUCUAUUGAAUAACCUCAGAAGCAUUACGCGAUCCCAACCGAUCCCCUUUGCCGAGCAGCAUGUUUUUAAUAUGUAUUUCCGCAAAAGGUUGAUUCCAUUCUCAAGAUAUUUCUACGGUGAGUUGACCAUGGUGGAUGAGAAGAAGAAUAUUGAUCAUCUGGAGGAGGUGAUGGUGUUACGCUACGGCUCUCCUCAGUUGAGGCCGUGGAGGCACCCACCAAAAAUGGGGAAUCCAGAAAUUGCGAAUAAGCUGAAGCGGAAGUGGAUUGAUAUUUACAAGGAUCAGUCGUCUGACUUCCAGAAACAAAAAUCAGCAAAGAUGAAGAACUUCCCAAAAUUUCCAUCAGCUACUAGUAGUUCCAAAUGAGCGAAAAACAACGUCUCAGAGGAAAAUAAUAAAAUCAGUUAAGGAAAAUAAGGCAAAUAGCACAACCGUAUCCUUGCGUUUGGCGUGGUGGCGAAGACUGCUUUCUUUUCUUUUUCUUUUUUUUUCUUUUUUUUUUUUUGAACAGUUGCAACUUUCGAAGGUCACGGGAUUGGUCAUCUAGUUUUUGGGUUGAAGGUGCAUUUACAAUGUAAUUUAUAAUUAAAAAAAAAAAAAAAGAAGAAAAAGUAAAGACUGCUUUCUUUAGUCAAAUAUACUGUAUAUGUACUGCUUUCUUUAGUCAAAUAUACUGUAUAUGUACUGCUUUCUUUAGUCAAAUAUACUGUAU